UUCAUCAUUUCAAAAAUGAUGGAACGACCUAACCCUAAAGUUUCACGGAAAAUUAGCAAGUGCGCGCCUUGAGUGGAAAAUAAAAAGCCAAGUGUUUUGAACUUCACCGACAGUGAUCCCGGUAAAAUUGGUCAGUGGAAAAACCCAACAGAAUUGAAGAGACGAUCCCCAGGUUAUGGCAAAGUACAUAGCCCAAAUAAUAGUGCUGGGCACUCAGGUAGUGGGAAGAGCAUUUGCUCGAGCAUUGCGUCAGGAGAUAGCGGCGAGUCAGGAGGCGGCUAAGAGGGCUGGGGGUGGAUCCCAGGGUGCUAAAAGGGCAGCAGCAAACGCCAGGACUGGACUCUCCCUGGAGGAGGCCCUGAAAAUUCUGAAUGUCGAGAGGCCAGACCAGAAGGAGCUCAUAGAGAAGAAUUACAAGUACCUCAUGGAGGCGAACGAUCGGGUCAAGGGCGGCUCAUUCUACCUCCAAUCGAAAAUCGUGAGGGCCAAGGAGAGGAUCGACGAGGAACUCCAACACAGUCACAAAACAACGGGCGCAGAACCUCUCAAGGACGAGACGAAAUGAUGAAUGUCAUUUGGGCUCUUAGUCUGCAAACAAUUGCUACUGCACAUUUGUACAUAUUAUUGAGUUAAUUAAAUCAUUAUGACGAGAGAAAUGAUGUCGAUACGUACCUGAUGAUUUAUCAAGUUUCAGGGAGAUUAUGAAGUAUGUAAUUCAAUGGUUUUUUUAAUAAAAGGGACUAUAGUUGUGUUGCAUCAGU